UAGACUUUCUAUUUUCGCACUGUUCUUUAUACACAGCUGUUCACACGUGUUUUCGAUCUGGUUUUUUUUUUGAAAUAAAACCGAAAAAUAAAUUCUCGUAAUCAUGGGAUUUCUAUUUGGACCAGCUCCUAUCCGGCGUACGAUUCCAUAUCUUCAAAGUGGUAAACUUAUCCUGAAAAAUCGGGUCAAGAUAAUGGAAGUUCAUUACAAUAUGUAUUGGAAACGAUAUCGUCAAGAUAAAAGUCAUCUUUUGUAUCCUCAACACGAUGCUCAUAUUGGCUUAAGAGAAUUCUAUUUUUGGCACAUUCCACAGAUCCAAUACAUGAAUCCUAAUGUACAGAUUGUUCGAUUUUUGGAAAUGACACCAAAUCCAUUUAUUCGUUUCUGGCUACAAGAUGGUAAAGAUAUCCUAUUUGAUUGUGAUUCACAAUCUAAAGAAGAAAUCAUGCAACGAUUGGUCCGUACAUUGGGUAAAACCGAAGAACAAAUAACAUUUGAAGCAAGUAUUAAUGUUAAACAAGUGAGCGAAGAAAAUGAUGCUAUUUUCGGCGUGAAUCGUAAACGAUUCUGUAUGUGUGAAGUACCCGGGCAAUGUCCAUGUCCAUCGGUUAUUAAAUUGCCAAAAAAUCUACGUGGAAAAUUUACCAAAUUUUUUACCGAUGAUCUUAUUAAACAAGAAAAAGAAAUUGUUGAAGAUGGAAAAGAAUUUGAAGAUUAUCGUCCACCAGAAAUUGCUAGACAACGAUUUUUUAGAUCAUAAAAAUCAUUCACCAUUCAUUCUUAUAUAUUUAAACCAAUCUGGUCAAUAUAUAUCAUUGAUUCAUGUAAACAUACACACACACGCAAAUAUAUAUAUAUAUAAAUGAUUUUU